CAUAUCAAAAACAGAUGAAUGCAUGUUUAAUUCAGUUUAGACUUGUUACUUUGUGUUUUUAUAAUAUGAACCAGUGGCCUAUAAUGGUUGUUGUUUGCAGACCUGUUGCUCUCCCUCACCCCACUCCUCACUUCUUUUGGUUGAAUACUUUGAAAUGAGUCUUGUUUGUCGGGUGUCUCCAUAUCUUCAUGAUGCACAUUGCACACAUCUCUUAUCUUCCUUUCCAGACUCUUGGAAGCCGAUGUGAAGGAGGCAGUCCUCAAGUUGAACCCUAUGCGUACAACAUCACUGUGCUGCACAAACUGAAGGGGAUCGAGAACCAGGUGUUCCUUUGUGAGACAAGUGAAACAAGGACGAAGUGCUGCAUCAGGGAUUUGUCACCAUCUGGAGAGUGCAGGGCCCCAAAGCGUCUAGAGGGAAUCAGCAGCACCAUCAAGGAGUACCGCCUCCGGGCCGGGGAGCCCUCGCUCUUUAUCGAGGCACCAGGGAGUGAUGUGCUUUACGUCACUCAGUCCAGCACAGAGAACUCCAUUGGGAUCUACAAGUUUGGUUCGAACCGGGUCAGACCAACCGCGCCCGAUAAUGCUCCGCCCCCGGUAGAGCCCCAUUACAUGGGCUUGGUCCCCUUCAAGGGUACAAACCGGACGCAGGACAAACUGUAUGCCUUCUUUAAAGAGAAGAACACGGCUGGUGCUCUGGAGAGUGACAUGUGGCUGCCCUUCGUGGCCCAAGUUUGCAUGGCUGACAAAGGUGGUCCCAAAACCAAACUGCAGUACCAGUGGACGUCCCAGUUAAAAGCCCGGCUCUUCUGCGGGGACAAUGACAGCAAACAGCACUUCCCGGAGCUGGUGGGCGUGGCCUUCUAUCACCAGAAGGAUGGUGACAGAGUCUACGGGCUCUUCCGGAACGAGUGGAACAUGAGUGCCGUGUGCGUAUUUUCCGUAGACGCCAUCCGCAAUGUCUUUGAAACCUCCUCCUUCAAGGGAAACAAGGGGGAGCCCCCCGUCCCAAGGCCGGGCGCAUGCCCCUCAUUCAUGGGACAGCACAGCAAGCUGCUGGAGAGGCUGAGCUUUGUGCAGAGUCACCCCGAGAUGGACGCUCGGGUGUUCCCGGAGAGCACCACCCUGUUGGUCAGCAACCACCACUACACACACAUACGCCUGCACGCCGUUGCCAUCCAGUGGGGGGGCCAUCACGUAGUCCUGUAUCUCUCGCUGGAGAGUGGCAAGAUCCACAAGGUUCUGGAGCGCAAGAGCGGGGCGUUCAUCAUCGCUGAGUACAGCCCGUUCAGUGACAGAACACACGUCGUGGACAUGAUGCUGCAGGGGGAUGAGAGGAAGCUGUAUGUGAGCUCGUCGAGGGAGGUGGUGCAGGUGGAGAUGCAGCAGUGUGACCGGUACGGGCUGUGCUGUGAGGACUGCGUGUUGGCCAGUGACCCCUACUGCGGCUGGGACCGGACCCACUCAGCAUGUGUUCCUGCUACAAAGGAGACACUGCAGGAUGUGGAGGGAGGGAAUCACUCUGUCUGUCCUUCCAGAAAAGGGUACUUUCAGAAAAGUACUUUCGGAAAAGUACCAGAGAAGCACUCAGUGGCGAAGUUCAGGCACUUCCUUAAUUGUCCCGUCACCUCACGCCACGCUGAGUACACCUGGCACGGUCCCGGGAACGUCACCAUGGCCUGCAAGGCCACGGAGAAUGGGUGUGACCUCCCGAUCGACAGCAUCGGCCCCGAGAACCAAGGGGUCUACAGUUGCAUGGCGGUCGAGCUGGGCUACAAGAGAACUGUGGUGGAGAGGACGGUAUCUCCAUCUGCCGCCGGUCCGGGGCGGCACGGGGGGUCUGGUCUCGACUGGGUCGUGGCCAUCAGCCUUCUUCAGCUAGCAGCCAUACUUGUUCUACAGAACACAAACUAAGGACCUUCUGUGAAGACCUCAAGGUGUUGGCUCACUUCCCCAACACGCAGCAACUCUGAGCAAUGGAGGAACGGAGAGGGUUGCAUAGAAGUCUACCUAGCUGAAGUUAAAAUGAACAAUUUCAAUCUACAUCUCUAUGAAAUGCCCCAGGCAGGGUUUCUGUCAUUAAGUAUAAUUUUCCACAUCAAGAAAUGUUUAAAGGUGACAUAGUAUACCACCACGUUUGACUGUGAUUAGCCGUUAUAAGCCAUUUUGAAAAUCUGCCUCUUCCGACAUCCUUAAGUGGGUGUGUGGUUGUGAUGUCAGAAGAGGCCGAUUUUCAUAACGGCUUGAAAGGCUAAUCACACUCACACCUGGUGGUAUAAUAUAGAUAGAUAGAUCGAUAGCUCAUUCAUUGUCCCCUUGGGGGAAAUUUUCUCAGUGAAUAGACGGAUACACAUGACCGUUAAAACCCAAAAUCAUAUUUCCCACGUAGUUCAAGGACCCAUAUAAGGUUGUUGGCUUUUUAAACCAACAAUUAAAACCUUAUUUUUAAAAGUUUGUUUAAGAAGCUGAUGGAUUUUGGAUUGAAUGACUGGUUUGUCCUAUUUUUGGAGAGGGCUGGGUAUCGAAACCUGCUACCUGUGGGUAAUAAUUCAAAGGUAGUGCAAAGUGUGUGUUUUGAAUUUGCUAAAAUUUGCAUUUGCUGCUUUACUCUGAACUCUCUCUCUGUAGUUGUGUUCCAGACUAUUCAAAUUAGUACCCAACAGUGUUCCUUGUCCCUUUCAAAUAAAACAUAAGCAGUGUAGAACAUCUUA